GUUUUAGGUCUUAGAACGGGGCGUGUUCUGCGAGACCACGGUGGGCGGGCCGUUUAGCAUUUCCUUUGUGUGUGGGCACCAGUUACCGGCUGUGAGCGCGCUUGAGGAGGCGUCGAAGCCGCCAUUUUGUGAGUGUGCGCUUCCUCUUCCCCACCCCCUUUCCCCGUUUUCUGCCGGUUAAGCUAGGUCUGGUCGCCGUGGCCGCCCUCCCGCCUGUGACGAACUCCAGCCUCGUAGCGUCCGUCUUUGCUAGGCCGCAGCUGCCCCCUGCCGGCGGCAGCAGAGAGGAGGCGAGGAGGAGUUUGGCGGCCGCGGCUCCGGCAUGGAUAACUCCCAGCUGUGUAAGCUGUUCAUCGGCGGCCUGAACGUGCAGACGACGGAGGCAGGGCUGCGAGAGCACUUCUCGGCCUACGGCACCCUGACCGACUGCGUGGUGGUGCUGAACCCGCAGACGAAGCGCUCCCGAUGCUUCGGCUUCGUCACCUACUCGGUCGUGGAGGAGGCCGAUGCUGCCAUGGCCGCCUCUCCGCAUGCCGUGGACGGCAACGCGGUGGAGCUGAAGCGAGCCGUCUCCCGCGAGGACUCGGCGCGGCCUGGAGCUCACGCCAAAGUGAAGAAGCUCUUCGUCGGCGGCCUCAAGGGGGACUUGGGCGAGAACGACCUGGUGGAGCACUUCAGCCAGUUCGGCCCCGUGGAGAAGGCCGAGAUCAUCUCUAACAAGCAGAGCGGCAAGAAGCGGGGCUUCGGCUUCGUCUACUUCCAGAACCACGACGCCGCCGACAAGGCCGCCGUGGUAAAGUUCCACCCCAUCCAGGGUCACCGCGUGGAGGUCAAGAAGGCUGUGCCCCGGGAAGACAUCCAGGCAGGGGGCGGAGGGUCUUCCCGGUCGAGCUGGGGCGGCAGGGGACGGGGAAGGGGCGGCGGCGGCGGCAACCGGGACCACAACGGGCUCUCCAAAGGAGGCGGCGGCGGCGGCUAUAACAGUUACGGAGGCUACGGCGGAGGGGGCUACGGGUCAUACGGAGGAGGGAGCUAUGGAGGAGGAGGCGGCGGCGGCGGCGGCGAUUAUGGCAACGGGUACGGCGGAUUUGGCAGCUACAGCCAGCACCAGUCGUCUUACGGCCCCAUGAAGAGCGGAGGCGCGGGAGGCGGAGGGGGCGGCAGCUGGGGAGCCCGUAGUAACAGUGGACCUUACAGAGGCGGUUAUGGUGGGGGAGGCUACGGAGGAGGCCCAUUCUAAGCGGGAAUUUCCCAUAAUCGCUGUGGGGAGUACCAGUUUUGUCUGCAUGGAGUAUGCUCUCCGUUUGUACCGGGCCAGAUUCUCAAUAGUCCCCCUAUUCUUCGCCUUCGGGCACCUCCAUUUAAAAGGCUCCCAUGAUGCGGAGCAGCUCUCAGAUUACCCCUGCUGGGGUCGCUCUGCUGCCUGUGCCACUUCUUUCUUCCCGAAGAUGGACCGGGCUUCACACAACGAUUUUGUGUUAGUCAUUGAUGGACUCUAUUUUUUUAUUGCUUGGACAUUGGUCGUUUUUAUACUAGGAACAAGAUUGUUUUAAUUUUGGUUUAUUUGGGGAUGGGAGGGAAUGUGCUGAUUCUGGAGUUAAAAACACGGGAGGGGCAAAGGGGAAUUAACUUUGUAAGGACUUGGAUACCUACACAUUUUUUUUCUACAAAAUCUAUUCUGAUCCCAUGGCUGUAAAAGGGGAGGGGGGAAUCGUUUUUACAUUUUUAUUUUUUAAAUAAAUCAUUGUGUUCAUUGGCCUUUACAUGUCUUUUUUCCUAGAGUUCAUUCCAUACAGUUAAAACAAAGGCUCUUUGAGUCUGCUCACACUUCUCCAUGCAUUUAGGGUAAUAUACUUCAUUUCUAGUAAGGGCCUCAACUAAUUUUUUUUUCUGUCCUGCUAUUAUUGGAUUGUUAUUUCAGAGUUAUAGGCUGAUUUUUGAAGUGCCCAUUGGUGGAUGAACUGUUUAAAUACUUUAUAUGUCCAUCAUUUUGUAAUUGGGCCAUUUGCCUUGCUGACACAGUUGGUCUGUUUUUUUUGUAUAAGGCAUUUUACAUCAGCAUAUGUAGUUCUAACACAAUUAAAGCAUCUGCUUUUUUCAUAUAGGUGUUCAAAACUUCAGAUUGCUCAGUUUCACAUUGUGUUAUUUAUUGGCUUGCCUGUAAACAAUCCAGAGGUUAUUCCCUUCUAUUAAAUACUUUGCUUGCAUAGCAUCUGGUUGAAAUAACUGUCUAAACUGUUCUUAUAAAAGAAACCAAGAAUUACCUUUACAGUGCCAUCUGCUGGCAGAAUAGUAGAACAUUGGAGUAAGAAUCCCAGCAACAGGAAAAAAAUGGCUUUCAGAUCUGUGAAGUCUGUUAGGUCUUUAUAUGGCGAAGGUCAAACCUACAUGUUGUCAAAGAAUUUGUGGAACUUGACUCAACCAAUAUAUGAAAUUUCCCCCAAAGUAAACGUUUUGAGUACAUAAAAAGCCCAAUCUUCUGAUUUUGUGCUAGGUGAUUGAUAAAUGAGCCAGUAACCUAGGUGCCAGUUGUAAAGCAAAAUCUCUGUAGUCUGCUUGAUGUAUUUGUAGCCCUUUCACACAGUAGAAUUAAAGUUUGUUGUUCUAUUAACAAUGUUCUAGAGAGAAAAACUGCCUUUCUGAAUAGAAAUAUAGAAUAGUUAUGGAUAUUGCAAAUAAAGAAUUCAAUUCUU